AUGGGGGACCGGUCUGACUAUCAAAGUCUAGCUAUUGCACUGAGAUCUCUAGAGUAUGUGAACAAUGAGGAGGAAUGGCUGCCUUGGGUAACUGCUCAAAAAUGGAUAGAUUAUAUUGGAUACAAUAUUGAAAGUACCGCAGAAUUUGAUAAAUAUAAGGCAUUUGUAUUAGCCAAAGUUGAGAAGAUAUACACGACCCUUAUUGUGAACACCAACAAUUACACACACAUACAAUUGUUAUUGAAAGACAUUAUAUAUGAUAUUGGAUGCUCUUAUGGAUUGCCGUUAUGUGUUAAUGCGACGAUACAGGAAAUAGCUGCCUGGAGCCUUGAUCCUGAAAACUUGUCCGAUGAAGCCAUUGAUGAAGUAGCGUAUUGUCAAGCAUUAUCUGAUGUGAAUUCAAGUUACUGGGAAUUCGUUUUUGAACAGUAUAAGAGUAAUAAUGACAGUAAAAUAAGGAAACGUCGUAGAGGUGCAUUAGCUUGCAGCUAUAACGAGGACAAUCUUGAAAGGCUUUUAGAGUUUGGUAAAAAUACGUCAGUUCCGGAAGCUGUGAAUAUAGCGUAUGCUCUGGGGAGACAUCCUGCUGGUCGACCGUUUGCCUGGAAUUAUGUGUUAUCAGUCUGGGACACCUGGCUUGAGAAGUACUCACAAUUUGAUGUUGGGUAUAAUAUAUACCAGAUCAUAAAAGAAUUUUCCACAGAUGAAGAAUUAACAAAGUUUGAGAGCUUUCUAGAAGAUGUGAAAGACGACAUUGAUGAUAAACGAACCAUUAACUAUUUUCUACAACUGGCCCUUGAAGAUAUGAAAAGAUGGAAUGACUGGCUUGACACUAACCUAUCAUCAGUCCAGUCAUGGCUGACUGGACUGGGAUAUUAGAACUUCUAAGAUAAGAUGGAGUUUUUGAAGCAGGUUGGAGACAGUUGGCAGUUCUAACGAUCCAUUGUUUGCAAGAUCUUUAAAAAAACACACAAUAUUAUUUCUGUUUUAACAUUGAAUAUUUAUUCUCGAAUUAGUUUUAUUCUAUGACGACGUUCUAUUGUUAUGGUACAAAAAAUAGAUACAGUAUUUAUGUGGCUGUCUGAU